UUAGGUGGCCGUAUGCCCCUGAAAAGCUAGUUGUCCCCGCCAUUAAACAAACAGAAGAAGAAGCAGGGGAUGUUGUUGCGCAGGCCUGCCGGCAGGUGUCGCCUUUCUGCGGCUUCCUUCACUGCAGUCUCUACGGCGCCUGGCAUGGGACAUGCUGUGAUUUACUGGGAGCAUAAUGAUUGAACGGUCUUCUGAUGUAAUGAAUGAGUUGUGAGCAGCCAGCUGACGGGUUCACUCUUUAAACUGCUCGAGUGGUUUGAACUCCCUUAAACAAAGUGAGUUCCUGAUGUGAAGUAACGGUCGUUCGUGGCCGGAGGCAGCGUCGCCACUUCGGACUUUUUUCCUGGGAGCGACUGCGUCCAUCCGGAGAAUGUAGUGUGACGUCCAAAGCAGCCGGUGUUGUGGUGCUCAUUUCCCGACGUUACUGCCUGUAUAACUGGGGUACACACGGGGUAUACACAGGGUAUACACGGGGUAUAACUGGGGUACACACAGGGUACAACUGGGCUAUAACUGGGGUACACACGGGGUAUACACGGGGUACACACAGGGUACAACUGUGCUAUAACUGGGGUACACACGGGGUAUACACGGGGUACACACAGGGUACAACUGUGCUAUAACUGGGGUAUACACGGGGUACACACAGGGUAUAACUGGGGUACACACAGGGUAUACACGGGGUACACACAGAGUAUAACUGGGGUAUACACGGGGUACAACUGGGCUAUAACUGGGGUACACACGGGGUAUAACUGGGGUACACACGGGGUACAACUGGGCUAUAACUGGGGUACACACAGGGUAUAACUGGGGUACACACGGGGUACAACUGGGCUAUAACUGGGGUAUACACGGGGUACACACGGGGUACAACUGGGCUAUAACUGGGGUACACACGGGGUAUAACUGGGGUAUACACGGGGUACACACAGGGUAUAACUGGGGUACACACGGGGCAGCAGCUCCGGGACACUGUCAGGGCUUUGGUGGACAAGACGUGAGGAGAAAAGGGCCACAGCUGGAAGUCUGCUUUGAAUCUCAGCCAUGGAGGAGGGGGGGAGCAUGGAGUACUUGCUGGAGCAGGUGAUGCAGAAGGACCUGGGGAAGAGGCUCCAGGUGGGCCAGGAGAUCACGGAGCUCAUCCUGGACGAGGAGAAGUCCUCCGACAUGGAGCAGGACCAGACGCUGCUGGACAGGACGGUGGACGCGGUGGCCAGCUCCUGGGUCAACUCCAGCAACUUCAAGGUGGUGCUGCUGGGGAUGGACAUCCUGUCUGCUCUGGUCAGCAGACUGCAGGAGAGGUUCAGGACGCAGGUUGGGACAGUUCUGCCCAGCCUCAUCGACCGCUUGGGAGACGCCAAGGACCAAGUUCGAGAUCAGGACCAAGCGCUGCUGCUGAAGAUUAUGGACCAGGCUGCCAACCCACAGUUUGUGUGGGAGCGGAUGAUGGGAGGCUUCAAACACAAGAACAACAGGACCAGAGAAGGCCUCUGCCUCUGUCUCAUCUCAACCCUCAAUGUGUUUGGAUCUCAGAGUCUGACGCUCAGUAAAAUCGUCCCUCACAUCUGUAACCUCCUGGGAGACCCCACCAGCCAGGUGCGUGACGCAGCCAUGAACUGCCUUAUCCACAUUUACCGGCACGUGGGAGAACGUGUGAGAAUGGACCUGGGGAAGAAGGGGCUGCCUCAGUCACGGCUCAACGUCAUCUUCAGUAAAUUUGAUGAAGUUCAGAGGUCGGGGAGCAUGGUGCUGUCCCCUGUGUCCGACAAAAACUUUGAGGACGAUGACUCGGGGGACGGCGGCCGCUCCUCGUCCUCGUCCAAAGGCGCCACGCUGUCCGGGAAGAAGACGGUGAGCAUGGGCUCGUUCAGACGCCCCGCCUCCAGCGCCAAGUCUGCAGCGCGGGAUGGAGCUGUGGACGUGGAGGACUUCAUCCAGGCCUUUGAGGACGUCCCCACAGUGCAGAUCUACUCCAACAGGGAGGUGGAGGAGGCCAUGACGAAGAUUCGAGACGUGCUGUCGGACGAUAAGAGGGACUGGGAGCUGAGGGUGGCGGCGCUGAAGAAGGUGCGCUCGCUGCUGCUCGCCGGCGCAGCCGAGUUUGAUGGCUUUCCUCAGCAGCUGCGUCUCAUGGAGGCGGCGUUCAAACUGUCCGCCAAGGACCUCCGCUCUCAGGUGGUGAGAGAGGCCUGCCUCACUAUGGGACACCUGUCGCUGGUGCUCGGCAGUCGCUUCGACCACGCCGCGGAGGCCAUCAUGCCCAUCCUCCUCAACCUGGUCUCCAACAGUGCCAAAAUCAUGGCCACCUCCGGCAUGGCCGCCAUCCGCCUCAUCCUCAGACACACACACUACCCGCGUCUCAUCCCCAUCAUCACCAGCAACUGUGUCUCCAAAUCUGUGGCUGUCAGAAGGCGCUGCUUUGAGUUCUUGGAUCUGCUGCUGCAGGAGUGGCAGACGAGUUCUCUGGAGAGGUGAGCAAAGAUUAUAUCUGUACACUGGGUAUAAACUGGUGAGUCUGGUCCGACAUGUCAUCUUGCUGCCUCGUCGUGAAACACGACACCGGCCGGGUCAAGGUCUAUCUCAGCAGUUUCCAUGGCGAUGCCAGGGGAUCUCUGUCUUCCUCCAGAAGCCUCAUUGAGUUUCUGCCUCGCUGCUUCCUGCCGCCGCCGCCACCAGGGAGAAACCCGAGCUGACC